AAUUUCUUCAAAACUUAACUUCCUUUUUUGAACCACACAUUGCUGUGCAUGUAACAAGCCACUUUGAGCUACAUAAAUGGCAUGCUUGGGAAGUACAAUAGAUAACUUCUCAUGGAUUUGCAUUGGAGAUUUCAAUUUGGCUUCCAUUUCUACCAAAAGGUGUAUGAUAGACAUUGUAAACAUGCUUUUUCUGAGUGUCUUCUAUGUAUCUUUGCUUAUCCAUUUGAUCAAGAAAAGCCCUGCAAGUGGUUGCUAUAGAAAGGGAUGUGUUCAUGUAGUUACCGCAGUUUGUUGUACCCUUUUGAGCAUUGCAUAUUUUAUUGAUGGUUUGUGGGAUCUCAUAGCCAAAAUCAGUGGCUUCAAUCAGCUGAACUCAUCGGUUUGCAUUGUCAGAGGACUAGUUUGGAUUUCUUUAGCAGUUUCUUUGUUUGUUCAGAGGUCCCAAUGGAUAAAAAAUUUAUGCUCCAUUUGGUGGGUGUCUUCAUGUACAUUGGUUUCAGCACUUAAUGUUGAAAUUCUGCUUAAAGAGCAUACCUUUCAAGUUUUUGGUAUGGUAAUAUGGCUAGUACUCAUUCUAACUGUUCUCUGUGCCUUCCAAAACCAUGGCUACUUUGUCCCACUGAAAACUUCAGAUACCAGUUUGUGUGAGCCUCUAGUAGUUCAUGAGGUCAAACUUAAACAAACAGGACUAGGCCAUGCCACCAUUCUUAGCAGAUUGACUUUCUCUUGGAUGAAUGCUUUACUCAGUUUGGGUUACUCAAAGCCUCUAGCACUUGAAGACAUACCUUCUUUGGAUUCUGAAGAUAAAGCUGAUUUUUCAUACCAAAAGUUUGCUCAUGCAUGGGAUUCCCUUUUGUGGGAGAGGGGCAUGAAAAAUUCUAGAAACUUGGUUUUGAUGUCCAUAGCCCGGGUUUACUUGAAAGAAAACAUCUUUAUAGCCCUUUGUGCUUUUCUUAGGACAAUUUGUGCAGUUGUGUCACCUUUACUUGUCUAUGCUUUUGUAAACUAUUCCAGUAGCAUUGAGGAAGACCUUAAACAAGGAAUGGCCAUACUAGGGUGUCUUAUAUUUGCCAAGGUAGUUGAGUCUGUGUCUCAGAGGCAUUGGUCUUUUAACUCGAGGAGGUUAGGAAUGAAAAUAAGAUCUGCUUUAAUGGCUGCAGUAUAUAAAAAGCAAUUGAAACUUUCAGUUCUGGGUAAGAGAAGGCAUUCAACUGGAGAGAUUGUGAAUUACAUUGCAGUUGAUGCCUAUAGAAUGGGAGAGUUUCCAUGGUGGUUUCAUACAUUGUUGUUUUCUGCAUUGCAACUUUUUCUGGCUCUUGGUGUCCUUUUUGGUGUUGUUGGUCUAGGUGCACUUCCUGGUUUAGUGCCUUUUCUCAUUUGUGGAUUUCUAAAUGUACCAUUUGCCAAGAUCCUUCAAAAAUAUAGAUCAGAAUUUAUGAUUGCACAGGAUGAGCGCCUAAGGUCAACUUCAGAGAUUCUGAGUAGUAUGAAAAUCAUAAAGUUGCAAUCCUGGGAGGAUAACUUCAAGAAGUUAGUUGAAUCCCUUCGUGCUAAAGAGUUCGAAUGUUUGGCUAAAACACAGUUCACGAGAGCUUAUGGUACAUUUAUUUAUUGGAUGUCCCCUACCAUCAUUUCAUCUGUUAUUUUCAUGGGAUGUGUGCUUUUUCAGAGUGCCCCUUUGAAUGCUGGAACUAUCUUCACAGUUCUUGCAGCAUUGAGAAGCAUGGGAGAACCUGUUAAUUUGAUUCCAGAAGCACUUUCCGUUCUGAUUCAAGCUAAGGUCUCCUUUGAUCGUCUCAACACCUUUUUGCUUGAUGAUGAGAUAAAAAGUGAUGAUGAUAUUGGAAGAAAUUCAAAACUAGAGUCAUGUAACAAUAGUGUUGAAAUUAUAGCAGGCAACUUCAGUUGGGAUCAGGAAUCAAUGCCUCCAACUUUGAGAGAUGUGAAUUUUGAGAUCAAGUGGGGGCAGACUCUAGCAGUUUGUGGUCCAGUUGGUGCAGGAAAAACAUCUCUCCUAUAUGCGAUACUUGGAGAGAUACCCAAAAUUUCAGGAACUGUUAGUGCAGGUGGAACUCUUGCCUAUGUUUCCCAAACUCCGUGGAUUCAAAGCGGUACAAUUCGCGAUAAUAUUCUCUAUGGAAAACCAAUGGAUGAAACCAGGUACAAGUAUAUCAUUAAGGUCUGUGCCUUGGAUAAGGAUAUUGAUGGAUUUAGCCAUGGUGAUCUUACAGAAAUAGGUCAGAGAGGGAUUAACAUGAGUGGAGGACAAAAGCAAAGGAUUCAACUAGCAAGAGCUGUCUAUAAUGAUGCUGAUAUCUAUCUCCUAGAUGACCCUUUUAGUGCUGUAGAUGCUCAUACUGCGUCUAUUUUGUUCAAUGAUUGUGUCAGGUCUGCUUUAAGAAGGAAAACUGUUAUUGUUGUGACUCAUCAAGUUGAAUUUCUCUCCAAAGUUGACAAAAUUUUGGUAAUGGAAGGGGGGGAAAUUACUCAAAUAGGUGGUUAUGAAGAUUUGUUGACAGCAAGAACAGCCUUUGAACAACUUUUGAGUGCUCAUAGAGAGGCAAUCACAGGGUUGGAAAUAAGUAAUGAGAACAAAAGAGAAUUUGAAAAUGUGGAUACAAUUCAGCCUGAGGAUUCUCAUGUUUUUAAUCUCACUAAAGGUGGAAGUGAUGGAGAUAUUUCUUCCAAAGGUCAACUUACACAAGAAGAAGAAAAGGAGAUUGGUGAUGUAGGGUGGAAGCCAUUUGGUGAUUAUAUUUUCUUCCCCAAAGGAUCAUUGCUUCUGUGUUUGAGCACAUUAUCACAGUUGGCUUUUGUUGGUUUUCAGACUGCAUCAACUUAUUGGCUUGCUCUAGCCAUUGAAAUCCCAGAAGUAACUAGUAGCAUCCUAAUCGGAGUUUAUGCUGUGACUUCUUUUUUAAGCAUUGUCUUCGUAUAUCUGAGGUCUUUCUUUGGUGCACAACUUGGUUUAAAAGCCUCUAAAGCAUUCUUCUCUGCCUUCACUGAUGCUAUCUUCAAUGCUCCUAUGUUGUUCUUUGACUCGACCCCUGUAGGGAGGAUUUUGACGCGAGCUUCAUCAGAUUUGAGUAUUUUGGAUUUUGAUAUCCCUUUUACCACUAUCUUUGUAGCAGCUGAAAUAGCUGAACUUCUGACAAUGAUUGGGAUAAUGGUUUCAGUCACAUGGCAAGUGCUCAUUGUUGCAUUUCUUGCGAUGGUGGCUUCAAAAUAUAUUCAGGGCUAUUAUCAAGCCUCUGCAAGAGAAAUUAUACGGAUCAAUGGAACCACAAAAGCUCCUCUUAUGAAUUUUACAGCUGAGACAUCACUUGGUGUAAUUACUAUACGAGCAUUCAACAUGACUGACAGAUUUUUCAAAAACUACCUAAAGCUUGUUGACACAGAUGCCACAAUGUUCUUUCAUUCUAAUGCUGCCAUUGAAUGGUUAGUUUUAAGGAUAGAAGUGCUUCAGAAUUUGACACUCUUCACUGCUGCUUUGCUACUUGUUCUACUUCCAAAGGGAUAUGUGGCUCCUGGCCUUGUGGGACUUUCUCUGUCUUAUGCUUUUUCACUGACAGCAACUCAAGUUUAUCUGACUCGAAUGUUUUGCAAUUUAUCAAACUAUGUGAUCUCUGUUGAACGAAUCAAGCAAUUCAUUCACAUACCAGCAGAGCCUAGUGCAAUUGUAGAGGACAAUAGACCACCAUCUUCUUGGCCUUACAAAGGUAGAAUAGAUCUCCAAUCUCUAGAGAUUAGAUAUCAUCCAAACGCUCCAUUAGUCCUUAAGGGCAUCUCCUGUACAUUUAAAGAAGGGAGUAGAGUAGGUGUUGUAGGAAGGACUGGAAGUGGAAAAACUACACUUAUAAGUGCUUUGUUUCGCUUAGUUGAGCCUACAAGAGGUGACAUUCUUAUAGAUGGGAUCAAUACAUGCUCAAUAGGGGUAAAAGAUUUGAGAAUGAAGCUAAGCAUUAUUCCUCAAGAACCAACUCUUUUCAAGGGUAGCAUUCGAACCAACUUGGACCCUCUAGGCCUGUACUCUGAUGAUGAAAUAUGGAAGGCUUUAGAAAAAUGUCAGCUUAAGGCAACAAUUAGCGGUCUACCAAAUCUCUUGGACACUUCUGUGAGUGAUGAAGGUGAAAACUGGAGUGUAGGGCAGCGCCAACUCUUAUGUCUAGGAAGAGUACUCCUUAAGAGGAACAGAAUACUUGUUCUGGAUGAAGCUACUGCUUCCAUUGAUUCUGCAACAGAUUCUAUUCUACAACGAGUUAUCAGACAAGAAUUUUCUCGAUGCACAGUUAUAACUGUGGCUCACAGAAUUCCAAGUGUAAUAGACAGUGACAUGAUCAUGGUCCUAUCUUAUGGGAAACUGGUGGAGUAUGACAAGCCUUCAAAGCUUAUGGAUAUUGACUCUUCAUUCUCUAAGCUGGUAGCAGAAUAUUGGUCCAACUGUAACAGGAAUUUGCUCCCAAAAGAUUAGCUUGCCUCAACAUUGGCACUGAGAGAAGCAAUAUAAUAUGAGAGCUCGUAUAUUGAAUUGAAUAAUCCUCCUUUUGACCUUCUCAGCAACAAUAAGAAAGCACUAGAAACUCAGAAGAUUACUCAUUUUCUUAUUUAACAUGCAAAGAAAAUGCAUUAGCCUUACCUCAAGUCUGAGACUUUUUUUAUUUUAAAUAAAU